CUCAUUGGUUCUCGGAAUGAAGAAUCGGUCUAACUUCCGGUAGUAGUAAAAAUCCCAGCUUCGUUGUAGGACAAUCUGCACAUAGCCAAGCUAGAUCCUCCUCCCUUUUCCAGCCCACCCAACAUGCCGUCCACCGCACCACGGGAGGGCAAACUCAUCCUCACUCCCGCAAUCCCGGCAGAUGCGCCCCGCAUCGCAGAACUCCACAUGGCUGGCUUCGGCAACGAUCCGAUCCUGCUCGCUGCUUUCCCCACGCCGGCUGUGCGAGACGCGCUGCAGCGCGACUUGGAGGCGCGAACAGUGCGCGAGAUCGGCUCGUCGAGGAUGAGUGUGCUUGUGGUGCGGUGCGUAGAAUAUGAAGGCGAAGAAAAGCACGACGAAGGCCGCGGUGUCGACGGAGUUGAGGAAGGAAAGAGAAAGAGCACUGUUGUCAGUUUAGCCAAGUGGGCGCAUCCGAUGGCAGAAGCGGAGGAGGGGCAACAUGUCGAGGAGCAGCCGAGGGCGCGGCCUGAGGGUACGGUUGUGAGGAUUUUGGAGCGGUAUCAUGAGGAGCUGGAGAAAGUGCAGAGUAAAGUCAUCGGGAAGACGCCUUGUUAUCGCCUCAAUUUCGUAGCUACAGACCCCUCCUAUCGACGCCGCGGCGCAGCCACGCAGCUGCUCCAAUGGGGAAUUGAGAGGAGUAAGCAAGAGGGCGUGCCAAUUUAUCUGGAGAGUACGGUGGAGGCGGGGCUGUUGUAUGAGGGGCUGGGCUUUGUGUUGAAGGGGGUGAUUCCGCUAGAGUUUUUGAGGGAGGAAACGGGGAAAGAAGGGAUUGGGGAGAGUGGGAAGGAACUUUGCUUUUUGUUUGUUCCUUAAUGGGCGUCGGUGCCUCUUUGACAAACCUUUAAAGUGAGGGGACUGGAUGUACUGUCUUAUCGGCAAAAUUGGGUGGAGCGUAGAGGGAGAUGUUAGGUCCGCGGGACAAUGAGUGACUUGCAUUAAAACGGUUCUCGAUGUAACGAUAAGGAAUAGUGGAACAAGAGUUUGCAUAGACUAGCUCGACUUGGUCGACGACGAUAACUGGAAAAAAUGAGCGAGUGGUAAACAAACAGACAGCUAGUAGAGACAGUGACAGUCUAG